GGGCUGGUGUUUGUUUGGACUGGAGAAGGGAGGCGGCGGGCGAAGCGCACGUCGAGCGGGGGAGCCGCGCUGCCUGUAGAGAUCCGCGGAGGCCGACAGGAUUCGUUGGCUGCCUUCCCCGCUGUCGUGCACUGGUGUGUCACUGUGUUGCCCAGGCUGGUUUUUAGUUUGCAAUCCUCUUGUCCCAGCCAUUCCAGUAACAGCAGUUACAGGGUUAAAAACGCCAACUAACGCCAACCAUGAAAGAUCCAAGUCGCAGCAGUACUAGCCCAAGCAUCAUCAAUGAAGAUGUGAUUAUUAACGGUCAUUCUCAUGAAGAUGACAAUCCAUUUGCAGAGUACAUGUGGAUGGAAAAUGAAGAGGAAUUCAACAGACAAAUAGAAGAGGAGUUGUGGGAAGAAGAAUUUAUUGAACGCUGUUUCCAAGAAAUGCUGGAAGAAGAAGAAGAACAUGAAUGGUUUAUUCCAGCUCGAGAUCUCCCACAAACUAUGGACCAAAUCCAAGAUCAAUUUAAUGAUCUUGUUAUCAGUGAUGGCUCUUCUCUGGAAGAUCUUGUGGUCAAGAGCAAUCUGAAUCCAAAUGCAAAGGAGUUUGUUCCUGGGGUGAAGUACUAAAAUAUUUGAGUAGACGGGGCCCUCUUUUGGUGGAUGUAGCACAAUUUCCACACUGUGAAGGCAGUAUUAGAAGACUUAAUUGUAAAAGCUCUCUCGUCACUGUGUUACACUUAUGCAUUGCCAAAGUUUUUGUUAGUCUUGCAUGCUUAAUAAAAGUGCUGAGACUGUUACUAAGUAAAAAGCUGUCAAACAUUUACUGAAAAUAUAAUUGGGCUCAUGGCUUAAUGUAAAGACAGCAAGGAAAGAAGCACCAGUCAAGUUGUGACAAAGCACCAAAUUAAACUCUAAAUCUUACAAAAUUGUCAUCUUUGAGGUUAAACUCGUCCCUUAGGAUUAACUAACACUUGUUAAUGUCUACACUUUGUAGCAAUGAGUAAAUUUAAAUACAUUCCAGAUUUCUCAGUUGCAUUUGUCCUUAGCAAUCCUCCCUCAAGGAUAUUCUGAUGGAGGGCAGCCUCAUCUCCAUAGUUUGUUCAAGGCCAGUCUGAACUAUAGAUAGCAAGACCCUGUCUCCAAAAAAUCCUUGCAGAUUUUCCUGAAAAUGUCUGUUAAUUUGAAAUAAUUCUGUCUUUGGUGACUGAGGUAACAAGGUAAUAACAAAGAGCUAGUCCUAGCUUUUCUGGU